AUGUCCAAUAACUCCAUUAAAAGACGAUUUUCACCAACUUCUAAGCCAAAUAAAAGGUCCAAAUCUGUAACCCCUACAACUGACGACUCAGUGCUUGACAAUGUCGAACCUUUAACUACUGAAAAAUAUGUAUAUUGUACACAAAUGUCCCUAUCGUCACCAGAUUCUCCCUGUCGCAGCCCCUCUAUCUCUACGUGCGGUAUGCCAACGGUAAGACUGGUGGACAUACAAGACACUAUACCUACGUGCAUCGAAAAGUCAGCACAGUCUACUAGACAAUAUGUGCUACCAAGGCCUAAGUCUAAAAUUUCAAAAACUAAAGAGUCCAAUGGUCCUCCUCAUACACACCAAAAUACUGAUAGAUAUAGUAAUGAAAUCCGACAGGACCUGAAGCAAACGUUGAAAAUUACCGGCCUAUAA